UUAUUUACUUUGGUAUGUGCAUGUGUGUGUAGCAGGUGGGCAUGUGCGCGCGGGAAGGAGGUCAAAGAUAACUUCUCUCCUACCAUGUGGGCCCAAGGGAACUUACUCAGGUCACUGGGCUCAGCAGCAAGUUUGCUAACUGAUGAGGCAUCCCACCUGCUCAGGUCACUCUUAUCUCUCUCUCUAUCUCUUUCUGUGCCUUACGUAUGUGUGCAGACAGCUGCUGAGGCUGGGGCGGGACAGAUCCCUUGAAGGUAGUUAUCAGAGUCCAGAUGCAAGUGCUGGGAACCAAGCCUGGCUCUCUAUGAGAGAGGCAAGUGUUCUUAUCAAGUGAGCCAUUUUUACAGCCCAAUUUCACUAAUUUAAGUGAUAAAACAGUAAAUCCAGUGUGCUACAUAAAGUUUCUCACUGUAGGCUUCUAAUAUAUAUUUACUCUUAAUCCCUACAUGAAUCCAAUCUUCUACACUUCUUUUUUUUUUUUUUUUGGAUUUUUGAGACAGGGUUUCUCUGUAUAGCCCCAGCUGUCCUGGAACUCACUCUGUAGACCAGGCUGGCCUCGAACUCAGAAAUCUGCCUGCCUCUGCCUCCCAGGUGCUGGGAUUAAAGGUGUGCACCACCACUGCCCGGCUUUUCUACACUUCUAUAUACCCCUUUUCUUCACCAAUAACUUGCUCAUCUCCUAAACCUAGUUUAAAAUAAUUCAAUAUAUACUAACUUCUUCCUAGCCCAUUCAUCCUUCUCUUCCUCACACUCCUUUGUGUGAGACAGAUUUUAAGUUUUUACUAAUUUUAUAAGGAAAAAAAGCUAUUUAAAAAAUAAUAAAUAAGGGGACUGAGAAGAUAGUGUGCCCAUGCCAGGGAGAGUUAGCCUCUUCUCUUCUCAGCCCUCCUCCAUCUAUAUGUAUGUGUGUAUGUGUAUGCAUAUAUAUGUGUGUGUGUGUGUGUGUGUGUGUGUGUGUGUGUGCGUGCGUGUUUGAAUAUAUUUCUCUGCCAGCAGUUGAACAUGAUUAUUUUAAAACACUUUCAUACAGAUCAAUUCAGUAAUACUCAACCUCAUGGAAAGUAAUAUUUAUAUUACUGAUUAUCAGACCACACUAACGGGACUCAUUAGGGCUAGAGGAUCUUUUAUUGUUUGGGAACUAAAGAUGAGAUGAGGCCACUAAAUGAAAACAGGACUGUUAGAAAGCUUUGUUGGAUUACUCUAGGAUUCUGCCACAUUUAAAGCCAUUUAAAAAGUACUGAAUAUAUGCUGUGCAGGAACAUCUAGAGCCCUCAUAAAAUGUUCUACCAUAUUUGCCGCUAAUUUAUCCACAUGCUAUUACCAGACUCUAUUCCUUCUUACAGAAUCUGCCUGUAAUAGAUAGCAACAUACUUAUCUACUCAGAGCAUAACCGUAAUACUUUGUGUGAAUAUUGUUUUCUGAUUCUCCCUCCAGAUUCUGACAAGACUCACUACUGCUCAUCUCUAGCCCACUCUUUCUUCUUCCUUCCACUCCUUUUUUUGAGACAGGGUCUCACCAUGUAGUCCUGCCUGGCUUUGAAUUCACUAUAUAGACCAGACUGCCCUCAAACUCAGAGUGUAACCUGCCUCUGCCUAGAUGUGCAUUUAGCAAGUGAACCAUCUUUCCAUCCCAGAAUUACUAAUUUAAGUGAUAAAACCACAACACCCAUGUGUAAAACCCAUAGUGUACUAAAUACUAAAGUAAAACUCUUGCUUUUUGUAUACACUUUUUGUUGUUAUUUUUGGUUUUGUUUUUCAAGAUGGGGUUUCUCUGUGUAGCCCUGCCUGUCCUGGAACUUGGUCUGUAGACCAGGCUAGCCUCAAACUCAGAGAUCUGCCUGUCUCUGCUUCAGAGUGCUGGGGUUAAAGGCGUGCGCCACCAUCACCAAACCUACUUACACUCUUUUAGAAAUCUUGUGAAAACUACAGACCUCCCCAAUAAAGGCACAUAUAGUAAAAAUAUGUAUUGAAAACCUGGUAUAUACUUAAGGUUUGGUAUAAUUUAAAUAUAUACUGAAAUGUAUACAAUCUGAGAUUUAUAAAUACUCUCUUCCUAUAAGACGUACUGAUAUAGUUCACAGGAACCUACUGUGUGUGUGUAUAAUAGACUUCUAAUAAAUUUUUGCAGAAUUGGUUUAAAUGAUUAAAAGGGCAAAGUUACCAACCAAAGGAGUUCCUUUUUAAAAGAAAAAUGUUUCUUAGAUUUAUUUAAGUGCUGGGUGUUUCAUCUGCAUGCAUGUCUGUAUACCAUAUGCAUGCUUGGUGGCCAAGUUGGUCAGUGUAGGCUUUUGGAUCCCUUGGAAUUUGAGUUUCAGAUAAUUGUGAGCUAGCUGCCCUGUGGGUGUUGGGAACAGAACCUAGACCUCUGCAAGAACAAGAGUUCCUCUCCAAUCCUAGAAAUUCCUUUCUCUUUUGUAUUUUGAAGACAACUGUAUUAACAGUGUCUUCUGUAAGGACAGAGAAGAAAUGGCUUUUAAUCAUACCAGAUCACAGGUGCACAAGUUAACAGCUGCACUAGUGAUUCGAAUGCAGUCCACAUUGGGGAGGUCUUAAGUGACUACUGGUCAGUGAAUCUAAACAAUUUACAGAACAGCUCAUAAACAAAGCGAGAUUAGGGCCAGAGGACAUGCCUUUGAUUCUAGCACUCGGGAGACAGAGGCAGGAAGAUCUCUGAGAGUUCCAAGCCAGUCUGGUCUACAGAGUAAAUUCUAGGCCAGCCAGAAAUAGAAAGACCCUGACUCAAAUAAAAGAAAACAAACUUUAGUCCAUAACAAAAUUUUCACUCCUUAAAAAACUUUCCCUUAAAGUUUCCACAUAAUUGUUUUUGAGCCAAGCUACUAGUUCAGAGCAUAAAAAAAAGAGAAAAACGAGCCUCCCCAAAAGACGUCUCAUUGUACAGACAUAACAGUAUUUUCAGCUUGACAAUAGUAAGGUAAUAUGACACAACACAUAUAUAAUGUAUACAUGUAUACAUUAUCUCAUGCAAUUUAUUAUUAUCCUAAAAAAAGCCUCCUCUUGAAUUUUAUUUUGUCUUAUUACCAGCUUAAACUAAAAUCCACUGAGGGAUAGGAUGGAUUGGCUUUCCAGCUUGUGUCUGGCUUUCUGAGACAGAGACUCUUACAUCUCAAGCCGGCUAUAAACUCACUGCUCAGCUGAGGAUGAACUUCAGACCUUCUGUCUGUGACCCAAGUGCAAGAUCACAGACCUGUACCCUUACCGUGGUACACGGUGCUGGAGUUGAACCAAGGACUCAGUGCAUGCCAGGCAAGCACUCUACCAACUAAGCAAUAGCCUCAGUCCUCAAAGUUUACUUCUCCUUGCACACAGAUGCCAGAGAUCGAUGUAGGGUAGUGUCCUCAAUCACCCUCCACUUUAGUUUUUUGAGACAGGAUUUCUCGGUCUGGAAUUCAUGAUCCAGCUAGGGCUGGUCAUCAAACCAGAGGGAUCAGUCGUAUUUUCUUUCUCACACUGGAAGUACAGGUGUGUGCUGCCACACUUGACUUUUGACAUAGAUGCUAGGAGUCACACUCAAGUUCUCAGGUGUGGGGAGCACCUUACCAAGUCAUUUCUCCAACGCCUUAAAGUUCACUUAAAAGAAAAAAAAUUACAUUAACUUUAUAUGUAUGAGUGUUUUGCUUAAAUAUAUGUAUGUGCCUAAAACCCAGGGAAGUCAAAAGAAGGCACUGGAUCCUGAAAACUGGAAGUUACAGAAGACUGUGAGUCAUCAUAUGGUGCUGGGAAAUCAAACCCAGGUCCUCUAUAAAAGCAACCCAAACAAUCAAGAGUUCAUUUUCUAAUCAUGCAAAAUAAUAGCUUCCAUUAUGUCAUUUUUGUAUAUGUGUAUAAUUUUGUUUAUGUUUGUUUCUUGUCCAGGAACCAGUCCUUGCUGAGAAGACAUGAGAGAUGAGGUCAAGCACACAAGACUGUGGAGAAGGAGAAGACUCCUUUAAAUGUAUAAACAGUGUCCUCGGUAGUCCUGCAAUCCUCCUACCUGAAAGCUGUGCUGUAAUCAUCCCGUUUCAGUAUUACCUUCUUUAAACAACUAUCACCCCUGGGAACACAAGACAACUGCCAAGGACUUGGGUUCAAAUCCCUGAACCAGCUGUGUCUUGAACAAUGACUCUUGCAGGAAGACAAUCUAUUUAUUUAUAUUUUGUACAGUGCUCAGUGUGUUUCUUCAUUUAAAAGAAGAGUCAAGGACUGGAGAUGUGGCUCAGCAAUUAAGAGCUUGUUCUGCUCUUGCAAAGGAAUGGAGUUAAAUUUCCAGCACCCACAUCCACAGGCUCACAACUACUUGUAACAUCAGUUUGGGAGGCGCCUCUACCCUCCACAGGCAUCUGCACUCAUGUCCACACACUGUCCCCCCAAUUAAAAACUACAGGGAAGAACAGGAGUUCCUAGCACAUAGCUGUAACUGCAAUGUGUUCUAGCCACUGUCAGUGUUGUCUUUCUGAUACCAUCACACUUCUUUCCUCCUCAAAUUAUUCUCAUGGAAAGCCAGAGUUUACAAAAUAAAUAUCUACAGAAUAAAGCACAAGCUCUUUUUAGAUGUUCAAAUCAAUUUCAUUUUAAUUUUCCUUUAACAGGAUUUCAGAUGCAUUGGUCUGAAACUAGAAAAAUUCUCUAUUAUUCACUUAAAAUUCAAUAUAUUUUCAGUCUUCAAAUUUUUUGUAGCCAGGUGUGGUAGCUUAUGUUUGUAACCCCAGAAACUUAGUAGAAGGAGGCAGGAGGAUUGAGUUCAAGACUAGCCUAGGCUACAUGAAACCUGUCUCAAACAAAAACAAGAAACCUCUGUGCAGGGCUGGGGAGAUGGUCAGCUGGUAAAGCACCUGCCUGGCAAAUACAAGGACAGAGUUUCAUCCCCAGAAUCCAUGUGAAAAAAGAAGAGGGGGUGGGACAUAGUGGUGCAGGCUUCAAAUUCCAAAACAGCUGGUACAUUUCAGGGCUCACAGGCCAACUAGCUAGCCAGCCAGCUAACUUGCAAAGUUUAGGAUCACCAGAGAGCCUGUCUCAGAAAAAAAGAAAGAAAGAAAGAAAGAAAGAAAGAAAGAAAGAAAUGAAAAAGAAAAGAAAGGGGCUAAAAUCUAGCAAGAGUUAAGUCAGCCUUCAGGCCGACAGUGGUGUGAUCUUUACACACCUAGAAGACAGUGCAGGACUUUCUGGUCUCGAGCGUCAUAUGUGUCUUCAUACUACUCAGCUCACUACUGUUAGAAACAUCAUUCACCCAUUAAACAUCAGGAUCUCACACCUGUCGCGUUGGCUACAUGACCCUGAUUCCAUACAAAACAAGUUAGAUCCGGCUCAGCAGAUAACAGCACUUGUUCUAAGGCUGUCAACCUGAGUUGGAUAAAACAAGAACACUCUUCCCUUCACCCUCUUUCUCUCUAACUACACAGUCACUGCUAUCUAGCCUACAUGGAAACAAGGAGGCAAAAGCAUCCUUGGAGAAAAAAAAUGGUCUAGUCAACAAACAGUGAUGGUACAACUGGAUUUCUUUCCACAGAGAACAAAUUAGAUUUUUAUUUUUCACCUGCAUUAAAAAAAAAAAUCAAUGUAAAGUGGAUCAAAGACCUUAACUUAAAACCUGAAACUUUUAGAAGAAAAUACAGAGAAUACCGUUAAAUAUACUGGGUAGGUAAGAACUUUUUUGAGAUAAGGUUUCUCUGUAUAGUACUGGCUGUCCUGGAACUCGCUCUAUACACCAGGCUGACCUUAAACUCAGAGAUCCACCUGUCUCUGCCUGCUGAGUGCCACUGUGGCUGGCAAGAACACCAGUGUUGGUAUUUUAAGUGGAAUACCAACAGCACAGGAACUGACUCCAAGCUCAACACGUGGGUUGGUACUACAUUUUCUUUCUUUUUUUUUUUUUUUUUUUUUUUUUGGUUUUUCGAGACAGGGUUUCUCUGUAUAGUCUUGGCUGUCCUGGAACUCAUUUUGUAGACCAGGCUGGCCUCGAACUCAGAAAUCCGCCUGUCUCUGCCUCCCAAGUGCUGGGAUUAAAGGCGUGCGCCACCACGCCCGGCUACUCUUUUUUUUUUUUUUCCCCUACAUUUUCAACUACAUGAAAAUUCAUGUUUCUAUACAGCAAAGGAAACAAUCCGUGGCAUUAACAGCUCACAGUAUAAGAGAAAAUCCUUACCAGCUCCACUUAGGACAAGGAGCUAAUAUCCAAAAUUUAAAUACCAUAAACUACCAGUUAACAAAUGGGCUAAUGAACUGAACAGACAGUUUUUGACAGUCAGAAUGACUGUCAUCGACAAAUCUUUGACAACAAAUGUAAAGAAACUUUAUUCACAUUGGUAGACUGCAACUUAAUAUAGACAUUGUAGACUCAGCUACUCACUACUGGGCUAUCCAGAGAAUGCUAUACCCUUCCACAGGUAGGUAUCUGCACCCUGUGUUUAUUGUUGUUUUAUUGGAUAUAAAGAAAUCACUCUUAUUUAUAAUAGCCAGAAGCUGAAAAGACCCCAGAUGCCCUUCAACAGAGGAAUGGAUACAGAAAAUGUGGUACAGGGCCAGGGUGGUGGCGCACGCCUUUAAUCCCAGCAAUCGGGAGGCAGAGGCAGGAGGAUUUCUGAGUUUGAGGCCAGGCUACAAAGUGAGUUCCAGGACAGCCAGGGCUACAGAGAAACCCUGUCUCGAAAAACCAAAAAAAAAAAAAAAAAAAAAAAAGCAAAUGGAACUAGAAAAUAUCAUCCUGAGGUAACCCAAUCACAAAAGAAACACACAUGGUAUGCAUUCACUGAUAAGCUCGGAAUACCCAAGAUACAAUUCACAGACCACAUGAAGCUCAAGAAGGAAAGCCAACAUGUGGGUGCUUCAGUCCUUCUUAAAAAGAGGAACACCCUCAUAGAGGUGGGGGAAAAGGGGGAUGGAAUGGGGGGUUUCCUGGAGGGGGGAAACUGAGAAAGGGGAUAACAUUUGAAAUGCAAAUAAAAUAUCCAAGUGAAAAAAAAAAGACGUCAACAAUAUGACUACAUAAACAAGACAUGAAAAAUAACACCAGCAAUUGACAUGCCAGCGUGGAUAUAAAAAUACCACAAGUACCCACUCUUAGAUGAAGUGCUACAUAUUUGUAAAUAAAAAUGAAAUUCUUUGUUUGUUUGUUUGUUUGUUUGUUUUUGUUUUUCGAAACAGGGUUUCUCUGUGUAGCCCUGGCUGUCCUGGGACUCAGAAAUCUGCCUGCCUCUGCCUCUCAAGUGCUGGGAUUAAAGGCAUGCGCCACCACGCCCGGCUCGAAAUUCUUUUUACUGUAAAAAGAAAAAGAAAUUACUGGAACCAACCAAGUUUUCCACCAACAGAUAAACAGAUAAUGAAAAUUUGGUAUAUAUGGAAUUUUAUGUAGUUGGUAUAUAUAAAAACGAAUACAAAACAAAACAAACAAACAAAAAUGGAAUACUACUUUGUUCUAAAAAAAUAAAGUUUACAAAAACUACAGGAAAAUGGAUGGACCUAAGCAUUAUACUAAAAUAUUAUGUAUUUAUGCAAUAUUGUAAAAUAUAUAAUAUUAAGUUCAUACAAUCUCAGAAAAAAACAUGUUUCUGUCAUUUAUGAAAUCUAGCCAAUAAUAGAUGUAUGCAUAUAAAUAAAUGUCCAAGUAGAUACAGUAUUACAUGAAGAAAUGAACAAAAAGGCAAAAUAUAAAAAGAGGAGGAAGGACUGGAUGUGGACAUCGUUAUGAAACAGAAAGCUAAUUGUUUUUCUAUUUUCUAAUUCUGUCAUGAAGAUUCAGGUUUUGGUGGUAGAUAAUGUAUAAAAUAUAUCAUACAAUAGUAAAAUAUAAUGUGAUAACUGCAGAUGUUCUCCUUAAAGAACUUUACUGUUUGGAUUAUAUAACAAUCUGCCAAAAUAUCACUCAGAAAACAAGAGGACGAAGGAAGUUCAUUUUAGCCUGACUCAGCAGUUAUCUCUUGAAUGUUCUCUAUAUAGAGAAUGACCUCCAUAUCUAAACCCAGGCAGAUGAGGACGAUUGCUCUGUAUUAAUCAUGUGAUCAAGUCAUUUCUGAGCCUUAAUCACAGGAGCUAAAUAGAACCAGGCAGACUUGGGGCAAAUAAUAGUAAGAUCUUGUGCCCAAAAUAAAGAAAUUAAGGAGGAGGAAAAGGAGGAAGAGGAGAAGAACACAAGAAGCUUUGCGCAGAACCCCAAUCCCUCAUAAGCACCAGCAAGGAGAUGGGCCAUCCCCUAUGUGCUGUUAACCCUCCAUGCCUGAGUGACAUGCAUCUCACCAGGGCGAUGGGAUGUGAAAUGGUCUGUUCUCAUCACUACAGACUAGUAGCCGAUGAUGAACACAAAGCUAAACUCAUCACCCUGUCCAACAGAUGGUGUAGGCCUCCCCGAAAACAGCACCCAGGGCAACAGUUCUACAGAUUAAAGCCAGAUGGGUGACAAGUUGCUAAGGCGAAGUUAGGAAGUCAAACAGCAGCAUUCUUUCCUUCUUCCUUUCCAACAAAAUGCUUAGGAGACAUUCCACUGCGGAAACUAAUGACUUAGUCCUGGGCUGUAUUCAUUGAGAAGAUAAAGCAAGAGCACGGAGCUGCAGAUUGUUACUUGUGAUGUAUUCUUUGUGUGCACUGAGUAAUCUAUUCACGUGUGCAAGGAGGCCUGAGGUCCACGUCGGCUAUCUUCCUCAGUUGCUGUUCACUAUUUUUUAGCUGUACACUACUGUAUGCACAUGUGUAGGGAUAUGUGUGCAUGUGUGCAGAUGUGCACAACUGUGCAGAGGCCAGAGAAGGAUAUCCGGUUUAUUUCUCUGUUCUGCCUUAUUUCUUGAGACAGGGUCUCUCUGAUUAAACAGAACACACACACACACACACACACACACACACACACACACACCCUUUCUUUCAGCUAGGCAGCUCGGCCAUACCUGGCUUUCUGUAUGUUUGUUAGCGAUCUCAGGUCCUCACACAUCACUCAUCUCCUGAGUCUUCUCCCUGGUCCCACCAUCUACUCGGAUUACUAAAGUUUUUGGGGGGUGGGAAUAGGGAAUUGGCCUUGUUUCUCAAGCCUGAGGAUAGCUUUAUUAAGAAGAGUUUACAGGAAAAAAAAGUAUAGAUUAGGUGGAAAUUCUCACAGCUACCAUGAGAAGAGAUGGAGGAAAGGCUGUGUCUUUUAUGUUAAACAUGGACUAGAAAGAGGAAACUUACUAUAAAAAAAAAAAAAAAAAAGGGAGCUGGAGAGAUGGCUCAGUAGUUAAAAGUGCUUGCUGCUCUUUCUUCCUGAGGAACUAAGUUCAGUUAGAGCACCCACAUGGGACAGCUCACAGCUCCCUGUCACUCCAGCUCCAGGUGGUCCAAUACCUUCUUCUGGCCUCCAAGAGCACCUGCAAACACUUGGGGCCAUGUGCAUAGAUAAACACACAAACAGAUCUUAACAAAAGGCAUUCUCAAGAGUAAACAUGGGCUAGUAAACUAAGGAAGAGACCUGAAAUGGAGGUGUCGGCUGUGUGGUAGAACACCUUUCAACUCCUUUUCUUGCCUCUGCCUCUAGAGCACCAGGAUUACAGGCUUGCACCAUCACAACUUGCUGAAAUAUAAUUUUAUUUAUGUAUUUUAAGACAGGGUCUCUAACCGGCUUAACCUGGCCUUGAAUUCAAGGCCCUGCUUCUGUUUUCCAAGUCCAGGGAGUCCAAGCGUGUAACCAUCACACCCAGUUCAAGUAUUUAAAAUGUACAGUGUACUCAGAUUUAAUUUGAACUGCUAUAAAUUGUUUGGUUUUGUAUUUGACAAAAAGAAAAAAUAAGAAAAGUUUCAUCAACAAAAGGUAUGAGAAAGGGAGGAAAGGAGGGAGAGAGAAAAGAACCUUAACAAAAAGUAUCAUUGUAGAAUUUUCAUUUUAUACAACAGAAUCUAAUUUCUACUUCAGCAACCCUAGCUUUUACUCAUUGAAUUGGUUGUUUUCUUUUUAAAUUUCUGCUUUUGAGACAGGGUCUCCUUUUGCCUAGUCUGAUCUCAAACUUACAACAUAGCUGAGGCAGGCCUUGAAUUCUCCACCCCUUUGCCUCUAUCUCCCAGGUGAUGGGAUUACAGGCAUGUUGUAGCCAUACCCAGCUCUGAUCCUUAGGUUCCACCAGUUCUUUAUCUAGGUGGUUCCCUGACCCCACAUUUAGCCAUGACUGGUAGGAGGCCUUUUUGGCUAGCACCAAUGGUAGAGACAUGUGGUAAAGAAAUGCUCCUUCACACACAUAACCCACUCCACUUUCUCCAAAAAGUUAAUCCUGCCAAACUUAAAAACACAGUCCACAUUACCACUGGCUGGUUCAUCCUACUCAUCUAUCUAUGUAUCUAACUCUUGUCUUUUCUUUCUUAUCAAUAAAAUUAGAUUAAUAUCCCCAACACAUUGCUUUCAUUACAUAGUUCUUUAUUGAAAAAUCUCUUGCAGACAGCACUUCAGAGGCAGAGACAAGAUAGAAAAUUAGACGCUAGCCUAGGCUACAAAGAGGGCACAAAGCCAGCCCAAGAUUCAUUAUUAAUACACUAAACCCAAACCCAAUCUGAUCAGACAGAAAAACAUUUUUCAUUUUUCUGAGGGGUUAAUUUUAGUUUUUAGGAGUUAUUGAGUUUUGUCUUAUUUUGAUGAAGCUCUGGCUAGCCUGAACUUACUAAGUAGACUAGCCUGACCUUGAACUGAGAUCCACCCGCUUGGACCUCCCAAGUGUUGAGAUAAAAGGCGUGUGCCACCAUGCCCAGCCAGUCAUUUUUGAAACUAACCCUAGGAAGCCACCCUCCCUCCUUGCCAAUGUUUGAACAGUUCUACUCUCCAAGUAGUUUCUUGAAUUUCUAUCUCUAAAACCUUUAUCUACUUCUUUCUCAUCCCACUUAGCUGCCUUCAGCCCAAGGCAGUGGUUUUGGUCUAUCUCACUAUACCUCUCACAUACACUCUGUGAAUCAAUCUUAUAUGCUUCUUGGGGAAAUGUAAUCUCAAGCCAAAAGAACUUCCUACUAUUUUAUCAAACUCUAAAAGAGUGAUAUGUACCUAGUACCCAAAUCACGGUAUGACUCUGUUUUGUUUUUUGAGAUAGGACCUUCCGCGUCCUUGUUCAAGGCUGGCCUUGAACUUCUUACCUUCCUGCCUCUGCUUCCCAAGUAUAGGGGCUUCAGAUGCAGGCUACCAAGCCAGAUUUUUCCAUAGUAAAAUCAUUUUCAAAAGUCUUAUUUCCAUUCAAUACUUAUGUGAGGCUUUACUUGCAAAAAUAAUUGAUAUCGUUUUAUCAGGUGACGUAUCUCUAUAACACGCCGCUUACAGCAACAUCAGGGCUGGUGAAAUGGCUCAGGUGGUAAAGAUGCUUGUCACCAAGGUUCACAUAUGCACACACAAUAAAUAAAUAAAUGUUAGACAGAACAUCGUAUAAACAAAAAUGCUCCCUAUUUUAUUAAAUAAACUUUUACAGGCACCCAAAUUAGUAAUGUGGUACAUGGCUUUAAUCCCAGCCAGGACUACACAGUGAGACCAAGCCACGAAAUAAAUCUUUGCCUUGUAAUAUGCAAAAGUUUUUGUAAAGAGUCAAAUACAAAGUAAUAGUUCUUCUCUAAGAGCUGACGUGGGAAGGGGCUUAUAUUUAAAUCUGCUUGGCACAUAACACUGGUUAUUCCAUGUAAAAACUUUAAAGGAGGAAGAAAAGUAGAAACUCACAUGUAAUCAUUAUUUAUUUCUACCCACUUUUUCUUAUACCUGGAAACACCAGGAAGAAAGCAAAGAAAAAAAUUUCAACACUAUUUUUUCCCCAAUACAUGGAACAAGUACUGUUCUAAAAAAACAACUAUCUUACUAUCUCUUAUUUCUUGCCCAUUUUCGGCAGCAUUCCUGGUCAAGGUUGUCAUUUUUGUUUUUUGUUGCUUUGGGGUUUUUUGAGACAGGGUCUCAAGCAGCCCACACUGGCCUUGAACUUGCUACACAGCAGAAGAUGAAUGACCCUGAACUCCGAAUCUUCUUGCCUCCUUGCCAUACUAUAAAUUACAACCCAAAUCCUUACCUCCUCAGACCAUUACCCUAAAACCUAUUAUGGAGGAAAGGGAGGUAAAUUUUACUCUUUAGUCUUAGUGAUAUUAAGUGUGUUAUUGCUAACAGCGAAGAAAACACAGGAAACACUUUGGGUCCCAUCUAGCAAAAACAAUAUUUUGAUUCUCUCCUGCUUUUAUAUAAAGUAAAAUUAGUAAACAGUGGUUUACAUGCUCUCAUUACAACUACCAUAACAUUUUAGAAGUCUUUUCGGUCAUGAAAUGCAAAAGAAUCAUUAAGAUCAAACUACAAUCUGAAAUAAAAAGAGACAUAUGAAUAACCCUCUUUAUCUGCUUAAUUUCAUGAUAGGCCUCAAAAGGGCCUUACAAGGCUCUCUACACUAGAAGAGACAUGGGAAAGAAAUGCAGUUUUGUAAGUUCAGAAGUUAUAAUCCUGAGUUAUAGAAAUUCAAAUACUAAUAGCUGUCACCAUGUAAACAGCUGGAAACAAGGCCAAAGUAGGGAAAAUGGUGUUUUACGCUGGGAUGAGAAAUUAAGGAAAUGUUGUACUGACGAAUUAGAAGCAUUUACCAUUUGUUGUCACAGACUUACCUAAGGGGAUUCACAAUUUCUAAAAUCGGUUUGCUUUAUAACUUCAAAAUAAAGUUCAUAGCUUAAUGACAGUAACUAAUGGAGGCCAAUUCUUUCUAUCAUGUCAAAGAUCAUACAGUAGGAUGAAAAUCUCCCAAACCUGGUCCAUCACCAACCACCAACGGACAAAAGGUUCAGUUUCUUCAGAUCUGGCAGGGGGGAAAAUGACUUGGCGCUGCAUCACACACUUCAAAACCCAAUAGGGUUUCUUCAAUGACAACAACACCGUGUACGUCAACCCAUACUCUGAUGUGCUUUCAGGAAUGGACGGAUAUUGAAAUGGAUGGGAAAGCAAUUAUUAUUUCUAAUUUCCUAAGCACCUUCUAAACCUGCAUGAUAAAUGCCCCUUGACCCAAACCGCGGUAAUGAAAAUCCAGACCUGCCCUUUCGCCCACUCCCCUGCUUGGGUGUUUGCACCGCAGCACUGGGCCUGAAAAGGGGAGUUCCCUUCUCAGAUCGUCAUUGUCCGGUGGGAAAUUCACUGAAUGAGAACUACCGUGGACGAGAAAGUGCUACCGAGACAAAAACUAGUACCAAAAAUAAGGAUUAUAAGGAUUCUACCUUCUUCUCUCGACCAUCUCACGUAAAACAAAACCAAGAAAAUGCCAACAAACUUGCCCCACUACUGUGAAAUCCUACUAAGCUCGGCUCAAAAAGCGCUUCUGUGCCGGUCCCCGGGACUCCAUCUGAGCCCCUGGUCUCCCACCGCAGGCAGGGCCCGCGACUACCAGGGGGAGGAGGAUGGCCGGACGCCAGUCCCGACGGAAAACGAGUGACUCCCGCCGAACCCAGCUCGCACAGGGGGCGAGAAGUCAAGCGGGAACCCGGCUAACCUCGGCUGAGGCCGCGGGUGAGGCAUCGGGACUGCCGAGAGACCGGCAGGGCUCGCCGAAAGGGAGGCGGGAGAAGCCGGGCCUAGGCCGCAGCAGGCCGCGAACUCGCUGUUCGCUUUGCGACCCAGGCUUGGCGCCAGGCCUCGGAGCAGGGGCUAGCAUUACCUGGACAGGUUCCUGCAGCACCGUCAUCCUUGAGGCUCAGACCCACUUUCUGCAGUGCCUCAGGCCCCCCCCGUAGCGGCUCCAGCCCGGCCAGCCCCGGCUCAUUUAAACUCACCAGCGACCGUUACCGGGGGAUGGGGGAGGCCGAGUGGCUGCCGAGCUCUUCCGAGCGAGACACGGAAAUAGCCGAAGUGGAGAGAGAGAAACGAGAACAAGACGGAAAAGCCCGAAAGAGGUCGGAAAGAGCCGAGGUCCCACCUCCACUGGAGAGCCUAAAGCAACAUGCCUCCCAAGAAACCCGAGCCUAAGAAGGAGACUGCCAAGCCGGCUGCAGCCCCUGCUCCAGCUGCAUCCGCAGCUCCGGAGCCCCUCAAGGACUCUGCCUUUGACCCAAAGAGUGUGAAGAUAGACUUCAGUGCUGACCAGAUCGAAGAAUUCAAAGAGGCCUUUUCAUUGUUUGACCGGACUCCAACGGGAGAGAUGAAGAUCACCUACGGGCAGUGUGGGGACGUGCUGCGGGCCCUGGGCCAGAACCCCACCAACGCAGAGGUGCUGCGCGUUUUGGGCAAACCCAAGCCUGAAGAGAUGAGUUCCAAGACACUGGACUUCGAGAUGUUCCUGCCCAUCCUGCAACACAUCUCCCGCAACAAGGAGCAGGGCACCUAUGAGGACUUCGUGGAGGGGCUGCGGGUCUUUGACAAAGAAAGCAACGGCACAGUCAUGGGUGCAGAGCUUCGGCAUGUCCUUGCUACCCUGGGAGAGAAGAUGAGCGAGGCAGAGGUGGAGCAGCUGUUGUCUGGGCAGGAGGAUGCCAAUGGCUGCAUCAACUAUGAAGCCUUUGUCAAGCACAUCAUGUCUGGGUAAAGCACGUUUCUCCAGGGUGCUUGGCCCUGCGUGAGAAAGCAAGAGAUCCACAGCGGCUGUUACUGUUACGGAGUAUUGGACUCACAUGGCUUCUCUGACCCACAACCUUCCCUGGAAAUAAAGAGCCCCAGCUUGGAGUUUCAUUAA